AAUUUGGUAUCAUGGCGGACAAAAUUUCUGAAGAUGUUCUUGACAAACUUAUCGUUGAUUUAUUUGAAAUUGAGGGUGUCAAAUUUGGUGACUUCAAACUUAAAAGCGGAAUUCAUUCCCCGGCGUAUUUUGAUCUACGUGUCAUCGUUUCUUAUCCAAAAUUAAUGAAACAAGUGUCUGAACUACUCUACAUUGCUGCAGCUGAUCUCAAUUUUGAUUCUGUUUGUGGUGUGCCCUACACUGCAUUGCCUCUUGCUACAGUGAUAUCAGUCGAGCAUGACAAGCCAAUGUUAAUUCGUCGACGCGAGGCAAAGGAUUAUGGGACAAAGAAGAUGAUAGAAGGAAAGUAUCGCCCUGGUGACAUGUGUCUGGUGGUGGAAGAUGUUGUUACCAGUGGAUCUAGUGUGUUUGAAACAGUUCAGUUGUUACGAGAGUAUGAACUUCGUGUGAGGGAUGCUGUGGUCCUUCUUGAUCGGGAGCAGGGUGGUACAGAGAGGCUCAAGAAAGAUGGCAUUAAACUACACAGUGUAUUAACCAUGAGUCGCUUAGUGGAUGUGCUACAGAGGGAGGGUAAAAUUGACAAUGGGAUGCGAACCAAGGUGCUCAAGUUUGUGGAGCACAAUAAGUUUGAUACCAGCGGUUCACAGGGGGAUGGGUUGGCUCAACGAAAACAGCUUGCAUCGAGUAUGACAUUUAAACAAAGAGGAGAGGCAGCUCAAAACCUAGUGGCAAGACGUCUAUUCAACAUCAUGGAAAACAAACAGAGUAACCUGGCUGUCUCAGUUGAUCUCACUAAGUCGGCAGAUAUUAUUAAGAUGGUUGAUCAGGUUGGACCCCACGUCUGCGUUGUCAAGACCCAUGUGGACAUUAUUGAAGACUUCACCGCUGACUUUGUAUCUAAACUGCAAAAAUUGGCGGAAAAACACAACUUCCUCAUCUUUGAAGACAGGAAGUAUGCAGACAUUGGGAACACUGUAUGCCACCAGUAUGGAGGGGGAAUAUACAAGGUGGCGGACUGGGCUCACAUUACUAAUGCCCAUACAGUUCCUGGGCCUGGGGUUGUGCAGGGUUUGAAACAGGCAAAUAAAGAUGGUGCCUGCUUGCUUAUUGCAGAAAUGAGCUCAUCUGGCAACUUGGCCACUGGAGAAUACACUAAAGAAACUUUGAAGAUUGCAAGGGAUCACUCUGACUUUGUGAUUGGGUUUAUAUGCCAGUCACGGAUUUGUGAAGACCCUGAAUUCAUCUGUAUGACCCCAGGUGUAAAGCUAGAGGGAGGUGGGGACAGCCUAGGUCAGCAGUACACGACGCCCAGAGAUGCAGUCUUCUCCAGGCGUACAGACUUAGUUAUUGUCGGCCGCGGCAUAACGGGUGUGACAAAUCCGGAAGCCGUUGCUAACGAGUACCGCCUUGCCGCAUUCGCUUCAUACCAAGAGAGAAUCUCACAAUAAUUGUAUUUCCAAAUGUGCCAUAUUGAUACCAGGUUUCAAUGUCUGAGUAUACAAUUAAUUUGUUCCAUCGUUUAUUGCAAUAAAUAUUUUUGAUAGCA